AUGAAACCUGAGUUGUUGAGGUCCCGGAAGAAGGUCUACAGAAAAUGGCUGCAGAACCAUGGGGGAAAAAGGAAGGGCAAACCCCCCAUCAAUCUAGGCCAGAAAUGGACGUACUGGUCUGUUGUCGAGUCUCUGAGGAAGAGGGAACUCUUGAAGACGAUCAAGUAUCUGAUGGAGAUGGUGAAUUCUCUUACCGAGAAGGAGGUUGAGGAGGCUACCGAGAUGGCUGCAGAGUGGAACAAGCAGGGUGUUCCUCUGGAGCUUCAGACAGACAUUGCAAGACGAAAGGGCGAGGACAUUCUCUGGUACGUAGCCAAGGAAAUGUUCAAGAAGGCCAGAAUGCGGCUGUUCAUGAUGUCGGCCUGGAAGAACGAACAGGGAAAACUCAUGGUGUCAAGCCAUGACUACAAUGAAGAGUUCGGCAAUGGGGAAAGCUUCAUCAAGACGUGUGAUUGGAAGGUUAUACUGCCGGAAUGGGAGGGCUAUGUUGCAAAACAGUUUGAUGGUGACAUCGAAGAGGAGACAUUGCCCCCUGUGAGGAGCGUGAGCUGGUUGGAAUAUGAUAAACUGGAGGAUGGUAAACAACAGAAGAAAUCGGGAGGAAAAGGCAAGACCGGGAAAAGGCCUGGGCAAAAGUCCACUGCAACGGUGGAUGAUAGUUCACACAGCUCUGAAGAGGACGACAUCCUGACCCACAGGCAAAAGCUUUCGAAGAAAACAGCAAAGAAACCUCACAAGUCAAGGUCCUGGGUGUACUCAGAGGAAUCGUCAGAUGGGUUCAGCACACCUGAUGCAUCUGACAAAUCUUCGGAUGAUGAAAUGCCCCGCCACAGGGAAGGGUAA